GGCAGGUGCACCAACCUAAGUGCCACUCCGCUUACCUGUGUGUGUGUGCCUAUCAAGGCAGAGCAGUGUGUCCGGUGGUCAGGUUCUUCCCUCUCUUUCUCUUUCUUCUUUUCUUUUUCCCUCUCUUUUCUUCUUUCUCUCUUUCCCCCCUCUCUCUCCCUCUUUCUCUUUUUCUCUUCCUUUCCCCGCUGGCUAUCUCUUCUGCCGUCUUUUUUCCCCCUAUCUAUCCCCCUACCUGUGUAUGUCUCCAUCUCUCUCUUUCUUUCUCCCCCUACUGUCUCUCUCUAUCCGUCUAUCCUCUUCGACAUCACUUCACGCAGCAGUGCCGUGUUGUAGUGUCGUGUCAUCCCGCGGUACGUCAACGAUCCUCCCGGACUGAAGGCAAGGAUCGACCGGGUCGAGAGUACACUCUGCGAUUACCGGGGCCGGUCGAUCGCCGGUCUACAGUAGGGUGAAGAAAGUGAACCCGCGGUCACCGUGAAGGUGAAGGGAGUGAUAUUCCUGAUGGAACCCGCGUUCUCUUGACACCGACAGUCGGAAGUUCGUGACGAACGAGUGACCUGUUGAAAUAUUCGGAUGCGAGAAAUCUGGCGGUGAAUCUGUUUUUGACUCGAUCGAGUAGGAAGCAAGAUUUUACAUUGGUGAAAUUUGUCACGAUGAGAGAGGACAAGCCUGUCGUGAUUGAGCUUGUUCGUUAAGAAUGAAUUGGUAGAUCUGGUGUAGUACCGUACCAACAAUUUUUAAUAUCUGCAUGAAUGGCCUAAUGAUUGCGCUCCGAGUGAGAAAGAUCAGAGAAAGAAUCGUCUGGUGAUAGUUUGAGACUCGAUUGUGAUCCGAGGUGAUCCGCGCGAUCCUGAAGACAGCUAUUAUCGAACGAGUGGCAAGGUGCGCUGAGGAAGGGGACAUUCGGUGAAGGUGUCAAACGUCGGCGGCACCUCAUUGACAUUUCCGUGACAUUUAGUGCGCGAUUCGAGUCGAGUGCUAGACACCUUUUCGUGUAACACGCGUGUCGCUUACUGUUACACGACAGCGAGAUCUCGCGACGGCUAGCGUGUCACAGAGAAGCAACGUGACGAGCGGGAGAGGACGACAGUGCGGUGGAAAGGAAGUGAAACGAGGGCCGGGCGAGCCGAUGACGCGUCCUGCGUGCCUUAUCAGCGGCGGAACCGGAGCGCGGUGACGGCGAAGCCUCAUACAGAGACUUAUCUGUCUCUCGGAAUCCUUCAGUUGCACGUGUACGGCGUAGAAUACAAAUAACGACCUGCGUUCUCGCAAAGGUCUGUCUCCGAACUUUGGUCGAGUGAACAACGUCGAGGUCCUCGACGAAUCUACCUGAAACGUAAAACUCUGUUGCGAAGCAACAGGUGGUUAUAUCUGGAAGAUCGCCGAACGAGGUUCUCCUGCGACUUUCGACAGGCAGAACCGGAGAUUUUUCACUCGGUUGGAGGUUGACGCUGAUAGCCAAACUGGACAUUCUUACCGCCACGUCGGGAAGAACGGAGUGGAGAUGUCCGCGGGUCGCUGAGAGAAUGAGGGAGCUGGACACCGAGAGCCCUGUCGUCUGGCCGGCCUGGUGUUAUACUGGUGAGGUGUCAGGUGAGAACGUGUCCGCGGGCACGGGACCACGUGGUAGCAACCGUGGAGAGGCGGCGGAUUUAGGUACGCACACGGAAAACAACGACGGGGCCACCCUGGCAGCGAACACAGCGGUCGACGCCAGGGGGGGAAGCCCUCAGGGCGCUCACCUGUCUGGUGCGGCAACCCCCAGACCUCCGCGGGGUAGGAGGCGACAGAACCAGAAUGGUCUCGACACUACCCAAGUUAAAACAGAACGACUCACACCUGACAACAACUCGACGUCGUCGAGAAGCGUGACGCCUUCUUCGUCGAGUCAUCCGGGUACGCCGCCAAAUGCUACGCCCUUGGGGGGACCCGAGGGUCCACCACCACCCCAUCAUCUCAAGCACAUGGAACAGAUGAUGGGACGAAACUAUAGUGAUUUCAUGAGGAGUCUCGCUGCCAAAUACAACAACGCCAACCCUAACGAUUACUUUAGCACGCCAAGAAACGGUUACCCUCCAGGUUUAGACCCGAGGUUUCCGGCCUUCAAGGCUGCAGCGACGCCGUUCGUUGGUUUGAUGGCGCCGUUAGGGGCUCCGCAACCAUCGAAUGUCCCGACGACCUCACCGCUCUCGAACAAAGAUCCGAAGGAGCAGAAGCAGGAUAGCCUCUUCGGCAACCCCGUGUUUCCGCCUAUGAUCGAUAUGUCGUCCACCCAGGCUCUUUUGCACAUGGUGCGAACUGCCAAUGCGGCUCAAAGCGCUGCAGAAUUGGAAACAUAUCUCAAAGGCGCGAACAAAAGAGACGCGGGGGUUACGAGUCCCUUGGACCUUUCAAGUCCCGGCGGCUUUGCACCUCGUAAGCGGCAAAGGCCGGAAACAAGGAGAUCCGAAAGCGUGUCCCCCAAGCCGAAACCUACCGCGAGACCAACCACACCUCCGCCCGUCAGGUGUCCGACUCUCUAUGGCCACAUACCUUGCGGCGACGGGCAAGCUGUGAAUCGUUGGACCAUCGAGGACGUCGUCAAUUACGUUUCGUCGAUUGACAUCUGCGCCGAGUACGCACAGAAUUUCCGGGAGCACCGUAUAGACGGUGCGGCACUGCCGCUACUCUCGGAGAACCACCUGACAGGCACGAUGGGCAUGAAGCUCGGUCCAGCCUUGAAGCUGCGCGUGAUGUUGGCUCGGAAACUCGGUGCCUGCACGGUAUGCUUGCACUGUGCCCACUGUCACCAAACGCCGCUACCGGCGUUGAGCGCAGCGGCCGCGGCGGUGACGCAACAGCAACAACAGCAGCAGCAGCAACAACAACAACAGACGCCGAGUCGGCGACCCAGCAGCACAGGGAACUGACAAACAAUGGCGGAGACUCCCCUAUUGAGGUCCGAGACAGCACCGGUCAGCGUGACCCUGGCGCCAUCGUCUCCGGACCCGAACCGGGCCCUCAGGAUAGAACGGCGCGUACCCCGCCCGGUACGCAAGCCGGAAGUCGUCUUCAAAAAGCCUAUCAAGCAGUGACACGCGAACGGCGUGCUCAAUCGGAAGAAGACGAUUUCGUAUAUCAUGGAGACUCCGCCAUGUUGUCAGUAAUUAAGCACCCGGAAGAACUUUUAGAGAUAGAAACUCAGACCGAGAGAGUUUUAGCUGAGAUUGGACUGCAAGAUAUGAAAGAGAGAGAGAAAAAGAGUGAGAGGGAGGGUUCGAUUAACGUAGCGCGCAUAGCAUAUAGAGCGUUGAAUACUCGAGAAUGGAAAUAUUUUUGAGUAUUCGAUCCUUGAUUUCCAUCGAUCAUCAGGAUAAUCUAAAGCCUAAACUGUAGAGACCUGAAGUACUGUAUUUUAGCGAAACUGCAAGCUUCGACUGUAUCGGCGGAUUACGUAGAACUUAGACGCAGCAUGACGAAGGUAUGUUAAUUAAUAAUUGCCCGGACAUGAAUGAAACUGAAGAUUAAAGGAUUGAGACAAACUCAGCUUCAUUUUUGAUUGCUUACUGAACGAGCAAUAUUUGGAUAGAGAAACGGAGAAAUAUUUUUGAAAAUUCUACAUGUAUAGCAAUGAUAGAGUGAAACCGUUGAAUAGUUACAAGCGCGUGGAAAAACGGUCGGAGAAAGAAUUUUAGCUGAAUCACGAUAGUGUACAUACAUUGCUGCGAGAAUAGAUCUACGUAUGAUAAUUGAAGAAUUAGUCAACUAACGAUUUUUGCACUUGAAUGUGUAUUUAUUUUAUUUAAAACUAUAUUCUGAUAAAUCUAUUAGAUAAUUUGGCUAAAGAUUUAAUCUUUAUUUGCACCUAGGAGAUUGUAUCAAAUUCAAUAGAAGUCACAAUCAACGGAUAAAGGAAUGAUGAAUAUUAAUUUCCGUUCGUAUUUAAAUAACAGAAAUAAUAUCCAUACAAAAAUAUGACGGCAUAGAUCUAUGUGGAGAUUUGUAAAAAUAUAGGUAAUUUUAAAACUUGUUAUGAUCUCUAUGGAUUCAGUACUUAAAUAGUAUAUUUUGCACUGUGAGAAAUAGAAAAUUAGGAAUGCAUGUUGAACAUAUAACAUACAUUGUUCACAUUGCGUAAUAUACGAUUAUCUUCCAUCGAUGACAAAUAUAUCAGGGAUACAUUUUUGUUUAAAUUAUUUAUUUAAAUAUUUUAUUAAACAAAUAUUAAAUAUAAAUUUCCGCUUUCCAAGUCUAUAAAUAAGCAAUUUUUGUUUUUUAUUUUUUCUAUACUAACAUGUUUAAAAACUUUUCUAAAAUGUUUGGUAAACUAAAAAAUAGAAAAGGUACUUUCUCAAAAUUACGUUGAUCAUUAAAAUGGAAUUAAUAUAUUUGAUUUUCUUUUUGAAGGCGAGAAACUAAUAGAUAAUAAAUCAAACGAGUGCCUAUCUUCGUAAAGUCUUCCAAGACGACGUUGUCGAGUGAUCGUUCGGAUAAAUUUCCGAUGCGUGAUGGGACAUUAUAUAUUAUUUUUGAUUACAUGAAAUCAUCUUGAUUGUCGAUCGACAACUUUCUCGAACGGCCGAACUCGUAUUUUUGUACGUCAUGCGAAAAGUCGACGAAAUGAGGAACCACUAACUCGAUGUCGGAAAAGAGGAAGAAAAAAAAUAAAGAGAGGAGGUGUGCGUGAGAGGUACCCGUAUAUGUGUACAUAUGUCGGAACGAUUGCAAUUACGUGCGAGUGUGUGAAGCGCAAGUAAGUAUAGAUAUAUUAAAAGAAUACGAUCUAUAUAUGUAUACAUAAUCAGCGAGAAGAAUUACGUGCAAUAACAAUAAAUAUACGUUUCGACGCGAUAACUUUUAACUACCGUAGGAGAUACGUACUUGCUCAAAUCGUUGUUUCUUUUAUAUAUUUUAACGAAGUUUUUUAUAUGGAUGAGAAUUAUUACGAUAAAUAUACUAAAUUAUAUUUUUGCUAAUGUGCUCUAUGUGCAGGAAUAAGAAUCCACGUGCGAGCACACACAUACACGAAAGGGAAAAACAUACACAUACACACAGAGACAUCGACACGCGCGAUACAUAGACGCGACGACGACAGUUUCACGCGCGACGGACCCGUGUAGCUCUUUAGGAAUUGUACAUUACAGCGCGCCUCUUUUAUUUUGUGUCCCCCUUAAUCUACAAGAUUCAUGCGACGUCAAACGUUUAUUUAUUUAGAGAUGUAGUACCCGUUUUGCCUUAUUGUAUUCACGUAACGAUUAGGAUGUAAAUGGUGGUAGGGCGACGACGUCAAACUGCGCUUACAUGUACCAUUCGCGGAAGAAAAUUUGCGUGGCAAACGAAUCGGUUCGUAAGAUGAGCAGUAUUUUUUAGAUUUACACACACAGACAGACACACAAGACACGCAUAUACAAACAUUUGUCUGAAUUUACUGCAGACCAUAUAAACUUAUAAUUGUAUAUACAUAUACACAUGAUGCCUAAACAGCACGUUCCCACACGUGCGCCCGCGCUCCCGAGUUUGCGUUUCGCUGAAGAAAAAGAAAAAAAAGAAGACGCGAAAAUACUAGAAACUGCAGCAUUUCGAAAUUUAUCCAAGUGUGUUCUAUUUAAUCAGUAAGACCGAUCAGAAGUCGCGGUGAAAGAAGGAAAUUCUUUCGUAUUUCCUGCGGCUGAUUACACAAGCCCGUUACUACUCGUAGUACAAAAUUAUCAAUGGUAAUUAGACGCUGUAAUCGCACGCGAUAUUACACUUGCUUCUACCUUACGCGGAAUUGUAAUUGUAGGUUGAGAUUUGUUUACGUGCCUAUUAUUUAUAAUUAGCGAUUACGCUAACUUUCGACAUACAUAUGUAUAUAUGAGAAUGACGUAACGAAACAUUUCUUCUCGUUUGACGUAUUUAACAGACGCGCAACGCUCAUUCGGCAACUUCUUAUUUCGAACAAACGACAUCACUUUUCUUCUAUCGUAUGACGAACUCGGGCGCGCUAACACUAAUCGAGUUAGCGGCUUUUACUUAAACAAGACCACUGUACAUAACGCUUAAGCAUUUAUUUAUGUCGUGCUUCUACAAAUACCCCGUAGUAUUUUAUUUAGUAUCUUAGUCGCGAGAUUCACGCUGUUAAUGCGUAAUUACGAGCGUUACGCAUUAAUCAUUUCGUGCAGCAUGUUCGUUCGAUAAGGAAAUAAGAACGGACGGGAGGAAGGAGUUAGAGCGAUAAAUGUGCUGACAGAUUCUUUCAGCGAAGGAUAAUUUAACCGCACACAUGGAUUAGAAAGAGAGAGGUGGUAAAACACACCGACGAUAAGGCAAUUUUUUGUGAUAUUUCAAGAUUUUCUAUCCAUCCUUCGGUAUAUCUCACUUCCUCAAAACCGAUCGAUUUUACGGUAUGUGUCCACUCCAUCUCACCCGAUCUCCCUUCGACUUUUUUGUUUUUCCAUCGCGAGUCUGUCGUGUAUUACUUACGAAUAACUGUCAUAUCAUGUAUAGUAGAAAUUAAUGGUGAAAAGAGGAAAAACAGUACAUUGUUUCUGUUAAAAUAAACAUUGUUGAAAAAUAA